AUGGGAAUCCGGCUGGAUGCGUUGAACGACUUGCACGCCGUCUUGGCCACUGUCGCUACGGCUGGCUCCGUCACGGAACUCCCCGAGUCUGUGAACAAGCUCAUCGACAUAUCUCCAUUAGACUUUUACCAAUAUGCAUGUGGCGCGUGGUACAACGAUGCUGUGAUACCCCCGGACAUACACCGAAUUGAUACGUCAUUCAACAAGAUAGGCAUCCAAAACGAAGCCGUAUUGACGAAGAUUUUCUCUCACAACAAGACCAAGCUUGGUAAGUGUGGUGAGUUCUACAACUCCUGUUUGGACACGGCUACGCUAUCGUCGCUCGGACUGACUCCGCAGGAGGACUGGUUCAAAGCCAUUCGAGUUGAUGACAACGACUCGACCAAGAACGCCCUCUUCGGUUUCCAAGCCCCCCUGCCGCUGGACUCAUUUUACUACACCCCUUCCCAGUGGGAGUACGCCGAACCCAUGCACAAGGAAGUGGCCGCCGCCGUGCCAGUGAUCACGCGUUUCGAGGACACUCUGGCCAAUGUGGACCUCAAUGAGCUCCAGGAGAUAGAGGCCGUUGUGUCUCCGUAUACUGCGUUGACGUACUAUCAAAUGGACCAGAAGUACCCGCUGCUUCUCGGCUCGUGGCUCAAGACCAACGGAUUCAACGUCCGCGACGAGUACAGUGGGUCGAACGACUGGGUGGGGUUUAAAGACUUGACACGACCGAAGGAAGAGUUAUUGAAGAACACGACGCUGGACAACCUCCGCACCGUCAUGGAGAACAAGCUCAUCCAUGCCUCGUCGAAACACUUGACCCUGAAUUCCGCAAGUACAACUGGAACUUCUUCGGCAAGACCAUCCGUGGCAAAGAGGUGGAACCUUCACGUGAAAAGUUCUGCAUAUCUGAGACGGGCGACACCAUCGAUGAAUUCUUGGGCCAGUACUUCUUAG